AUGGAUAUGGAUAUGAGUAUGGAUAUGGAUAUGGGUAUGGAUAUGUCAUCCAGCGCUGCGAACACAUCUCUCUCCCACUCUCCCUGCAGAAUGUCCAUGCUCCUUAACUUCCACACCACAUCAACCUGCUACCUCCACCCUUCCCUCCAAGUCCACACAUCCAUUCAAUUCCUCCUCAUCUGUCUAUUUUCCUUCCUCCUUCCUAUACUCCUCGAAACGACCCGUCGUUAUCAACGUGCCUACGAUCGGUAUCUACGUUACAAGAACGCAUAUCGUGUACAGCAGAAGUCCCUCGAAACAGCAGACGGAGACGAAGAGGAUAAACUUCUCCUCGGACACAAUGACAAUCCAAAGCGAGCAGAUAGAUCUGGAAUCUUGGAGUGGAAGUGGAUGCGCAUCCCUUGGAUUUCUGCGGAGGCCUGGGAGCAGGUUUUGAGAGCGGGGAUUCAUGGAGUGCAGUUUGCGAUUUCUUAUACGGUGAUGAUGAUGUGGAUGUAUAGUAACGGAUACAUCAUAAUCUGCAUCCUACUAGGUGCAAUAACAGGAUUCGGAAUGUUCACGCGCGAUAUGAUGGAGGCUUCUGGCUCUACACAUCUAGAAGAGGGUGAGAAUGAUGGGAGAGGAGAGAGUUGUUGUUAG